GGUAUUAUCUUGGCGACUAAAGUUGUAGGUGUGUAAUCUUAUUGUUGGCCUGAGAAGUUGGUGUUUGAUUUAAAGUUCUGAAAAUGGGAGCUUCCCCGCAAUCGCAACUUGUUGCCAUUAGCAUGAAGGGUAGCAUGCUCCAAGGAAAUGAGCAAAGUUGCAGUAGUACUGCAAAUGGGUCUUCUUUGUGGGGCAAAAUAAUGGAAGCCCAAGGCAAGAGAAGAUGGCAAGGGAUCAGGAAGCAGCGUCGGAUGAUCCCUAGGAGACAUCUUGGAGGACAUGUCAAGCUGGGCAAAAGGCCUACCGGGAUUUUGAUGAAGAAGAUGGCGCGUUCAGGUUCAAGGAAGCAUGCAAAUGGAAUUGGAAGAAAGGUUAGAACCCUAAAGAGGCUGGUUCCGAACAGCGAAUCCAUGGGAUUGGAUGGACUUUUCAGAGAGACAGCUGACUACAUAUUGUCGUUGCAGAUGAGAGUCAGAGUCAUGCAGACCAUGGUUGAUGCAUUGACAAAUUCAGAUCAUGAGUAUUAAUCAAUUCAUUUGAAAGUCUGCAAUCAAUGUUCUGCUUGAUCCUCAUCUUCUUUAUUUUUUAUUUUUAUUUUUAUUCUUCACCAUUUUCUUCUUUUAUGAUUUGUCUAUUGGAUCUCUUGUGAUUCAAAGACAUAGAAGCUAGCUUGAGUGCUACGUGCUCAUGUUGUCUAGAUUUUACAACAGCUUGGUCGUUUUAUUUGG